AUGGCGACCCACCUCUCCUCCCUGGGAGCUACAGUCGCCAUUACAGGACGUCGCGAAGCCGUUCUCAAGGCCACUGCCGAAGAGAUCACCGAAAAGACAGGAAAUCAAGUCGUCUUCGCCCCUUGCGACGUCCGCGAUGCUGCUGCUGUCAAGGGAGCAGUACAGUCAAUCGUUGACCAAUCGAGCGUCCCAGACAUUGUGAUCAACAACGCGGCGGGCAAUUUUAUUUCGCCCACCGAGCGACUUUCGACCAACGCUUUUUCUUCCGUUAUCGAUAUCGUGCUCAAGGGCUCGAUCAAUGUCACUCUCGAAACCGGCAAGCGAGCGAUCGCCGCUCAGAAACCCUGCGUCUUCCUUGCAAUCACCACCCACUACACCAAAGCUGGUUCUGGCUUCGUUGUCCCCUCUGCUUGCGCAAAAUCUGGUGUAGAGACGCUCCACCAGUCCCUGGCCGUCGAGUGGGGCCGCUACGGAAUGCGAUUCAACUGCAUCGCGCCCGGUCCAAUCUACACCGAAGGUGCCUUCUCUCGACUCGACCCCACCGGCGAGUUCAUGAACCACGCAAUUAAAAACCUGCCAACUGGGCGACUGGGUGAGCCAGAAGAAAUCGCCAACCUUGCUACCUUCAUGGUCUCCGAUUACGCCUCCUGGCUCAAUGGAGAAACUAUCACUUUCGAUGGAGGAGAGUUCAAUGCUCUCGCCGGCGAAUUUAAUGCACUGAGAAAAGUCAAGGAUGAACAGUGGGACAUGCUCGAGCAAAUGAUUAAGGGCAACCACUCAAAGCAAAAGAAGAAGAACUAG